UGGAGUAGAUCUUGGUCUCGGCGCAGGUCUGCAAACUGCCGGCCGAGGAGCCGUGGCUGUGUUAUGGGCUGUUUCUGGAGCUGUGAGUGUGACGCUGCUCAGAGUAAUCGGACUGCCACUAAUACCUGCUGCUGCUAACAGGAGGCGAUGGAGGAAGUUUCUUCACAGAGUCCCUGUAAGGCCAGAUCUGCACCCGACCACUGAGUCUGUGUUUUUUGGGAGGCCUCUGCCGAGUCCCAGAGGAAGGAGACAUGGCCAACAACUCUUUUCGGGGGUCCAAGCAUGGCCGGCACGGCGAGGCCAAGCACGAGGCCGAGUUCAGCUGCUCGCUCAAGGAGCUGUCCACCCUCAUGGACCUGAAAGGAGAAGACUCGGUGAAAAAGAUCAAGAAGAAAUACGGAGACGUGAACGGACUGUGCGUCAGACUGAGAACGUCACCUGUCGAAGGUUUAGAUGGAAACUCUGAGGACAUCGACAGGAGAAAACAGGUGUUUGGAUCCAACCUCAUCCCACCUAAAAAAGCCAAAACCUUUCUGCAGUUGGUGUGGGAAGCCCUGCAGGACCUCACGCUCAUCAUCCUGGAGGUGGCAGCCAUCAUCUCACUCUGCCUUUCCCUCUACAGCCCGCCCGACGUCGAAAGAAGGAACUGCGGCAAAGCGGCCGGCGGCGAGGACGAUGACGGGGAGUCGGAGGCCGGGUGGAUCGAAGGGGCCGCCAUCCUGCUGUCGGUGGUCUGCGUGGUCCUGGUGACGGCCUUCAACGACUGGAGCAAAGAGAAGCAGUUCCGCGGCCUCCAGAGCCGCAUCGAGCAGGAGCAGAAGUUCACCGUGAUCCGAGGGGGUCAGAUGAUCCAAAUCAAAGUGUCUGAGCUCGUGGUUGGAGACAUUGCGCAAGUCAAAUAUGGUGACCUGCUCCCCGCUGACGGAGUCCUCCUCCAAAGCAACGACCUGAAGAUUGACGAGAGCCCCAUGACCGGCGAGUCGGAUCACGUGAAGAAGAGUAUCGACAGAGACCCCGUGCUGCUGUCAGGUACCCAUGUGAUGGAGGGCUCCGGCAAGAUGCUGGUCACCGCCGUCGGUGAGAACUCUCAGUCUGGAAUGAUCUUCAAGCUGCUCGCUGCCGGUGAGGACGGCGACGGCGAUGCCAAGGAGAAGGCCAAGAAAAAGGAGAAAAAGGAGCAGAAAAAGAAGGAGAAGAAGGACAAGAAAAGUAAAAAAGACAACAAAGCAAAAAAAGGAGGAAACAAGGACGGAGUCACCGAGGCGCAGCCGCUCAACGAGGACGGACAGCCGGAGAAGAAGAAAAACGCACUGAAGAGGGAGAAGUCGGUCCUCCAGGGGAAGCUGACCAACAUGGCCGUGCAGAUCGGCAAAGCGGGUCUCUUCAUGUCGUUGAUGACCGUCCUCAUCCUCAUCGUUCGCUUCGUGGUCGACACCUUCUGGAUCCAGGGGGUCCCCUUGACCGCAGAGUGUUUGCCCAUCUACGUGCAGUUCCUGGUCAAGUUCUUCAUCAUCGGCGUGACGGUGCUGGUGGUGGCCGUGCCCGAAGGUCUCCCUCUGGCCGUCACCAUCUCCCUGGCCUAUUCAGUCAAGAAAAUGAUGAAGGACAACAACCUGGUGCGCCACCUGGACGCCUGCGAGACGAUGGGCAACGCCACGGCCAUCUGCUCCGACAAGACGGGCACGCUCACCAUGAACCGCAUGACUGUGGUGCAGGCCCACAUCUCGGGCCACUUCUACAGGAACCUGCCGGAGCCGGGCCAGGUCCCCGCCACGGCCCUGGACCUGCUCAUCCACGGCAUCGGGGUCAACUGCGCCUACACCACCAAGAUUAUGCCUCCGGAGAAGGAGGGCGGGCUGCCUCGCCAGGUGGGAAACAAGACUGAAUGUGCCUUACUGGGAUUAGCCCUCAGCCUGCACCGAGACUACCAGACCGUCCGCAACGAAUUCCCAGAAGAGAAACUGUUCAAGGUCUACACCUUCAACUCCACGAGGAAGUCCAUGAGCACCGUGCUAAAGAACCACGAUGGCAGCUACCGGAUGUACAGCAAGGGCGCCUCCGAGAUCCUGCUCAGGAAGUGCGGUAAAAUCCUGUCGACCACCGGCCACCCCAGAGCCUUCAAGCCUCGGGACCGGGACGACCUGGUAAGGAAUGUGAUCGAGCCCAUGGCGUCGGAGGGCCUGAGGACCAUCUGCCUCGCCUACAGAGACUUCAACGCUGCCGACGGAGAGCCCAACUGGGAGGACGAGGCCCGCAUCCUCACCGGCCUCACCUGCAUCGCUGUGGUUGGCAUUGAGGACCCCGUGCGACCUGAGGUACCAGAUGCCAUCAAAAGGUGCCAGCGGGCCGGGAUCACCGUCCGCAUGGUGACCGGAGACAACAUCGAUACCGCCCGAGCCAUCGCCACCAAAUGUGGCAUCCUGCUGCCCGGAGACGACUUCCUCUGCAUGGAGGGCAAAGAGUUCAACCAACGGAUCCGCAACGAGCACGGAGAGAUUGAGCAGGAGCGUAUUGAUAUGAUUUGGCCAAAGCUGAGAGUCCUCGCCAGAUCAUCUCCAACGGACAAACACACUCUGGUUAAAGGUAUCAUCGACAGCACGGUGCUGGAGAAGAGGCAGGUUGUUGCAGUAACUGGAGACGGAACGAACGACGGCCCCGCCCUCAAGAAAGCGGACGUUGGCUUCGCCAUGGGUAUCGCAGGGACGGACGUGGCCAAGGAGGCGUCGGACAUCAUCCUGACGGACGACAACUUCAGCAGCAUCGUGAAGGCCGUGAUGUGGGGCAGGAACGUCUACGACAGCAUCUCCAAGUUCCUUCAGUUCCAGCUCACCGUCAACGUGGUCGCCGUCAUCGUGGCCUUCACCGGCGCUUGCGUCACCCAGGACUCUCCUCUCAAAGCUGUGCAGAUGCUGUGGGUCAACCUCAUCAUGGACACCUUGGCUUCGUUGGCUCUCGCCACCGAGCCGCCGACCGAGGCGCUGCUGCUCAGGAGGCCGUACGGUCGCCAGAAGCCGCUCAUUUCCCGCACAAUGAUGAAGAACAUCCUGGGACACGCCGUCUACCAGCUGACCGUCAUCUUCACCCUGCUCUUCUUUGGUGAGAAGAUAUUUGAUAUCGACAGCGGCAGGUACGCCCCCCUCCACGCUCCGCCCUCCGAGCACUACACCAUCGUGUUCAACACGUUUGUCCUGAUGCAGAUCUUCAACGAGCUCAACGCCCGCAAGAUUCACGGCGAGAGGAACGUGUUUGAGGGCGUCCUCAACAACCCCAUCUUCUGCUCCAUCCUCGGGGGAACCUUCCUCAUACAGAUCGUCAUCGUGCAGUUCGGUGGUAAACCGUUCAGCUGCGUUCAGCUGAGCUUCGAGCACUGGCUGUGGUGCAUCUAUCUGGGCUUUGGCAGCCUCCUGUGGGGACAGCUGGUGUCCAGCGUCCCCACCCGCUGGCUGAAGUUCCUGAAGACGGCAGGUCACGGCAGGCGGCAGGAGGAGAUCCCAGACGAGGAGCUGGAGGAGAUGAAGGACGUGGACGAGAUCGACCACGCCGAGAUGGAGCUGCAGAGGAGCACGGUGCUCUGGUGCCGCGGCCUCAACCGUAUCUCCACGCAGAUCCGAGUGGUGAACGCCUUCCGGGACAGCGUGUCUCCCUACGAGGGCCUGGAGACGCCCGAGUCCCGCAGCUCCAUCCACAGCUUCAUGAGCCACCCCGAGUUCCGCGUCGAGGACUCGGGGCCUCAGAUCCCCCUCAUCGACGAGGCCGACUGCGAGGACGACGCUCCCACCAAGCGGAACUCCGUCGUCCUCCCGCCGCCUCCGACGGGGGUCGCCGCCCUGCCGCCCGUCACGCCCCUCCCGCCCCUCCCGUCCUCGCCCAAUCAGAACAACAACAACACCACGGACCACAUCGUCCCGCUGCCCGGCCUGAUCCCUACCAACUCAGCGGGGCUGCCGCCUUGUCCGGGGAGCCCCCUGCACAGCCUGGAGACCUCGCUCUGAAGCCCCCGGACCGCUGCCCUGUUCACGGUGGUCUGUCGGUACUGUGUUUGUUACGGUUCAGAGAGAGCGAUAAGAAAGGAAAAAAACAACAAAAAAAAACAUUUUUAAAAACAGACUCGUCUGAUUGGUUCCCGUCAGGAGUUCAACCUGCUGGUUUUAUUAGAAUCCAGGAAGCAGAAAUGUCUCCGGGUGAGUUUGUGUGUUCACACGGACUCAAGUUUCCUUCUUUAUUUUAAUAGACAUGAACUCUACAGUUGUUGUUUUAGGAGAAGAGUGUUCGUGAGGUGAUCGAUCAAUAAUCAGUUUCCGAUCUGUACAUAUUGAUGUUGGCGUCCAGACGUAGUUUCAGCUCGUCAGACGAGUUCAGGUUCAGUUUCGUGUUUUAAGCUUUGAGGGUCUGUGAAGUCCUGCAGCGUGGCCGCGGUGGAUUUCCUCCGACACGCCCCCCCGUGUCCGUAGACGCAAGAGUUUCAAGUGAAUGUCUAACAGUUGGUUUUAUUCUAGCAUUUUUUGUAAAAAAGAGAAGAAAAAAAAAA